GGCAGAGUUCCUAGGGUUUGCUGUGCUUUCCUUCUUCUCCAAGGGCCUUUAUUGAGAGCUGAAAAUGGUUCUCUCCAACGAUAUUGAUUUGCUGAAUCCUCCUGCCGAGCUCGAGAAGAGGAAGCACAAGCUCAAGCGCCUGGUGCAGUCUCCCAACUCCUUUUUCAUGGACGUGAAGUGCCAGGGUUGUUUCAACAUAACCACUGUAUUCAGUCACUCGCAAACAGUUGUGGUCUGUGGGAACUGCCAGACAGUACUAUGCCAGCCAACUGGCGGGAAAGCCCGACUUACAGAGGGAUGUUCCUUUAGGAAGAAGGGCGACUAAUGAUGAUGAUGCUAAAUCCUAGUACGAGUUGGUUUGUGUUUGGUGACAAAGAAGAAAUGAGGCGGUUUUGAUGUUAGCUUAAGGUUUUAUAUUUAAUUUGUGAUCAUGUUCCUGUUUUUACCAAGUUUUGAACAUAUAUGACUACAUCUCAUGUUUCUAUUUAGUUUUUUUUUUAUUGGAUUGGAAUUCUGUCUGGAAGCAUAACUGUUUUGUUCUCUUCUCUUCGAAUUGGAUUUUCAUUCCUGAGUUUUGAAUUCAUUUUCAUUGCCACCUUGAAGAAAUGGUAAAGCUGCUUUAUGGCCUUUAUUAUUGGUGAAUGUCAUUUGUAUCAUGCGUUUUCUAUGCAUAUUUAUAUUUUUCCCCAUGGCGUGGAGAUCUAAGGUUGAACCAAGUUGGUAACGCUCGGACUCUUGUGAAA